AUGCGACUCUUCGUCCCGCGGUUUGGUAGCCGGGGCCUCGCCGUAGGUGGCCGGAGCCUGCCAGGGCAGUCGCCGGCGUCGCGCCUCUGCCUCUGCCUCGCGGGCGAGAGCGAGGAAGAGGACGACGACCAGUCCAGCUGGCCAGGAGGGCCCAGCGUCGCCCUCGUCCCCACCGCCCCAUCAGCCACCGCGCGCUCCCGAGCCCGCGCCCCGAUCCCGUUCGACCGUACGCAUCCACAGCUCCCGCUCCCGAGCCCUCUGUCCCCGCCCACGGUUCCCGUUGCUCCCCUGCCCGCCGUGCCGGCCGCCGCUAUCGUGCCCGCCCCGACCGUCUUCCUCGCGCGCGCCCCACACCCCGCCGCACAGCCCCGCAUCGCCAUCACUGCACACUGCUGCUGCCCGCGGUCCCUGCUGCUCCGCAUUGCUAUGGCUCUUGCCACCACGUCGUGCCCAUCGCUGGUCGCUGUGCCCGUCUUCCCCGCAGUCUACCGCCGCUCGACGCCCAGCGCCGCGCUCACCGGGGCCAAGCCCACUGCUGGCUCCCUGUCGCAGUCGCUUCUUGCUCUGCCCGCCGUUGCCGCCGAGCUCCAGCCUGCACCAGGCCCCGCCUCAUUCCCUGCGCUGCUGCUUCUCUGUUGUCGCCACCGCGGAGCCGCCCGAGCACGCCUGCUGCCCGCGCCCGUUGCGUCGCUACUGCCGCUUUGUUGCUUGCCGCUGCAUGCCCCGGCCGCCCCGUCGCACCCGCCGCUGCCCCUUCGCCUGUGCGCCGCUCCACCCCGCCCCUGGCCACCGGCCCCCUCGCGCCGCCUCCUGCCGGCGCCAGCCUUCGCGGCCGCGCCCUCCCUGGGCGGGCUCCCCGUCGCCCAGGCGGAUGGUGGACCCCAGGAGUCAGAUGCCACCCCUGCCGACUACGACUACUACCCCGAGGGUGGCUACUACUACGUGGAUCCCGCUGACGACUAG